ACAAAAGGUGAUACGAGAAAGCAAACGCACCUCCAAUACCUGACGAUAGCCUCCGUCUCAACACUCGCACGUUUCGUCCAAUGAUUAGGUGACACGACGUCCACAAGUUUGACUUGAGAACCCCACAUUGCCAUCAUGCCGAGCUCAUGCAAAGAUAUCCGCACAGCCCUUGCGGCCUGCCUCCAAGAAUCCGACUGCGUAAUGGUGUCCCGCAACAGCGCCGCCGACUGUCUCCGCGAACCGCUCGUCAACACUCUGCCGCCCAAGUGCGUACAGCUUAAACACACAUUCGGCGAGUGUAAGCGCGGCCUGAUCGACAUGCGCAAGCGCUUUCGAGGCAAUAUGCCCAUUAGCGUGAGCAAAGAGCUGGAAGGAGGCGGCGCACAAGAGGGAAAGAUGUUGUAUGCAGGUCGGCCAGCAUAUUCAUCGAAUGAGGGUGGUGGUGGCCGGGAGAAGGGACCGAUGAGUGAGAGUGAUGCAGAGCUGAUUGAACGCGAGCGACAGAUCAAUGCAGGGACGUUCAAGGGAGAUUUGAGGGAUAAGGAAUAGGUGUCAGGGCAAAGGGGUGAAUGGAGGCGGAUGAUUGGAGGUAGAAUACACAAAUGAAACAGUAGGAUGUUUUGAGGACGUGUCUUGCGGAACACGUAUGUACAUAUCGCUAUAGUGCGUCCAUUUCCAUAGCGUUCGCAACGGGCCGGAAUCCCAGCGUGUGCAGCCAGAAUUUUGACAGGACACAAACAUCAGAG